GCCGUUCGAUCGGUAUAACGUCUUUGGCAGUCGGUCGGUCGAGCGCCAAACGAGCGGUACUACUCCCUCGUCGCUGGCUCUCUCUCUCUGUAUCGCGUGCAGUGCAGUGAUGGGUGUCUCGAGCGAGGACGUGCUCUCGUUCUCGCGCCAGCUGUCCUCCUGGUGGUCCGAGGAGGCCGAGUACGUGCUGCAGCGCAUCGAGCGCUGGGCCGCCUACGCCCGGGGCUACAAUCGUCUGAGAUCGGUGCGACUGUCGCCGGGCCGCAUGACCAUGCAGGACGAGCCCGAGGCCCGCUGGACCAUCAACAAGAGCACCCAGAGGCUCGAGGUCGAGGAGGACUGGGCGCCGAGCUUCACGCGACGUCGCGGUGGCGGUCCGAUACAGGAGAGAUCGAGGCUCAACUGCUGUCCCAUGGAUUACAAGUCGGCGGGCAAGCUCGAGAGUAGAUGCCUCGAGGAGUACAGCAUGGACCACAGCAUUUACUUCAAGACGAUCGGCGAUCUGCGCCAGUCCAACUCCAACCGAUCGAUCGCCUCCGAGAUCAAUGGAAACAACAGCAACGGCAGCAGCAGCAACAGCGUGAAAAGUCCGACUCAGCUGCCGCUCGACUGUGGCGACUUUUUGUCUUCCGAUUUCGACGACGACGAGGAGGACGAGGACGACGACGAGGCGGAGCUUGCGGAGCUCGACGCGGCCGAUUACGAGCUGAGAGAGCAGCUGGACAGGCUCGAGGCGGACCGUCGCAGAAUCAACAACGGCAGCAAUGGCAACAGUAUCGGUAGCGGGAUAGUCCAGCUGUGCCGCAGCUGUAUCGACGACACGACCAGUCAUCAAUUGGACGAGUUGAACGGCAACUACAGUCGUCGCUCAUCGACGGCGGCUCUCCAGCCCCGAGCCAACAACCUCGUGCUACUGGCAGCUCAGUAAACAACACAACAAAAACGUAAAAAAAAAAAAAGAAAUCACGAAGUAAAGUUUGUAAAUAUAUAAUUAAGUUUCCGUAUAUAUAAGUAUUAUAGUUUCGUCACAGUAGCAAAACACACACGGCAUAUCGGAGCCAUGUAUCGUUUGAAAAAAAUAAAAUCCGGAAUGUGAGUGAAUAUUAGCUCGAGUGCGUGAGUGUUCUAGUCACACUGUAAUGUAUACACAGUAGCAGUCUGUGUACACAAUCGAGCGAGUGCGUGUGGACUAAUGGAACAAAUAUAAUUAUAUGGUCAUCGGUGCUAUACAACACACAACACACGCGUUCGUCUUCAUUACUAGUACAGAAGUACAGUUCACUGUAGUAGAAUAAUAAAGUAUUUUGUAAUAGCCGCGCUCUGCUGACAGUACUCGUCGGCCGUCGCGUUGCAUCUGCUCGCUGCUAUCACGCCGAUCGUCUCCAGUCAGCUCGCGUGCUAUACGUUGUGCAGUGAGCGCGGGGUCGACGCUUGCGCACCAGCCAGCCACCCCCGCUGCUAUAUCUGUAUAUGGACAACCCCAUCGCGCUCUAUAUGUAUUGGAGGCAUGGCGCUUACACACGUUUGAGCUGAGUAUAUCGUAUCAAGAUCGUGUGCCAUGUAUAUGUCUGUGUGUGUGUGUGUGCGACGGCGGCGGCGCGUUGACAUCAUCGAUCGAGACCGUACGAGACUACGGCGACGAGGUAGUGCUGCUGCUACUGCGCGUUGCCGAGUUAUGCAUGUACGCCGUAUAAAGACACAACACACCGACGCGUUACACACACAGGCAUGGACCCUUUGCACAGCUUACACACACGGCUAGGGGAGAGCAAAAUGUGUAGCGUGUAUAGCGCGCGCAU